AUUUUCAUUCCUAAUUUGUUAAUCUCAGAAUGCAGAAGACAGAAGCAUUGGCUAAUUACUGGACAUUUGAACAUUUACUCCAUCCAUGUAUCUAGAGAGCUGAAUUGUUAUUUUGCUUAGAAUUAGUAAAACAGUAAUAAUGUCUAUACAGCUUCCACGUCCAAUACCAUGGAGGAACAACAGCAUGACUCUACCGCAAAAAGAAAAUCCAAUAUCAGAACAAGCAGAAACAAUCAUAGGAAUCUAUUUGCUAUCCUUGGGUUGGAUGUCUUGGUUUGGCAACAGCAUUGUAAUAUUUAUAUUAUACAAGCAGAGAACACACUUGUUGCCCACAGAUUAUCUUACAUUUAACCUGGCAGUGUCUGAUGCCAGCAUAUCUGUAUUUGGCUAUUCUAGGGGCAUCAUAGAGAUCUUUAAUGUCUUCAGAGAUGAUGGUUUUCUUAUCACCUCAAUAUGGACAUGCCAGGUUGAUGGUUUUCUUACUCUGCUGUUUGGUUUGGCCAGUAUAAACACACUAACUCUUAUCAGUGUAACUCGCUAUAUUAAAGGAUGUCAUCCUCAAAGAGCCAACUGCAUUAGCAAAAACAGCAUUGCUGUGUCCCUGGUACUUAUAUGGAUUGCAGCCUUGUUUUGGUCAGCAGCUCCACUUCUAGGAUGGGGAAGCUAUAGAGAUCGUUUGUAUGGAACAUGUGAAAUAGACUGGACUAAAGCCAGUUUCUCCACUAUAUUCAAGUCUUAUAUUGUGUCCAUAUUUAUUUGCUGUUUCUUCCUGCCUGUUAUGGUCAUGGUCUUUUGCUAUGUUUCUAUUAUCAACACUGUUAAAUCAAGUCGUGCUUUAACUGAAGCAAAUUUAUCAGACAGACAAAGAAAGAUGGAACGAGAUGUAACCAGGGUUUCCAUCGUCAUUUGCACAGCCUUUAUAAUUGCCUGGUCUCCCUAUGCUGUGAUAUCUAUGUGGUCAGCAUGGGGAUAUUUUGUUCCCAAUCUUACCAGUAUACUAGCAGCUCUUUUUGCAAAAUCUGCCAGUUUCUACAAUCCUCUGAUUUAUUUUGGGAUGAGCUCUAAGUUCAGAAAGGACCUUGGCAUCUUGCUUCCAUGCACAAAGGCAAGCGGUAAGAACCCUGUCAGACUAAAACGCUUCAAACGUCUGAAACAUAAACAGGACCCCAAUGCUAAUUUCAAAGAACAGAAACAUAUUGAGCAUCCUGAAGAAGUACCAAAGGUAGCACCAAGUCAAGACUCUGGAGUGGGAAGUCCCAGCAAUACCCCACCACUUGAAAUGAAAGAUGUCUAUACCUGUCAUCUAAAUAUAGAACCUGAAAACCCAAGUUAUCAGUGUGAUCGGCUGUGAGUUGUAUAAUCAUGUUAUACAAUGAUUCAUUACUUUUUUUUAUAAAAGCAAAAAGAAAAUGCAAGACUUUUUGAAUUAUGCUGUAUUUUUAUGCAUCACUUGGUCUGUAGUUGUAUAUAUUAUAUGAAGCAGUAAAAAUACACACCUGCCUUAUAGGUAACAACAUUUUGCCUUCGUAAUCUCUGAAGGAAAUAGUUGUAUAUAUACCUUAAAGUGACAAGUUAAAAAGCCAUGCUUUUUUCAUCACCUUCAUAGUAUAAUAGGCAAUCUGCUGACAUCAAAAGAAGUAAUUAAUAUUGAUAGAAAUCUUAACAAAUUAGUCUGAGUCAUCUAAUAACCAGCAAAAGGAAUUCUGCUUGGGGGAAGACCACCUAGGCAACAGCCAAGCCGCAUCUAAAUACCUGCCUAAAGCAAAGCAGCGACCUUGUAUGGCAGCCAUCAGGUCAGAUCUUGAAGGCAAGAAUGAAAGUUUAGUUUUCAAUGCUGUUUUAAAUAUGUUUUCAUAAUUAUUUCACUGUUAUAUUUCUGUGUAAAUUGCAAAGUAUAUGGCGGUAACAUACAGUAUGUUCUGUUUCAUUCUAAAUAAACAACACUUGACUUCA